AUGAUUGACUACAAGGCCUCGAACUUGGGGAAUGUUGUUUCUGGAAUGAGUACUGGCUCGACGGUAUUCCAUGUCAAUAUGACAAGCGGCGUUGCAUUGUCCUCGAUCGCCCUUCAUUCAGCACUGCGUUCGCCUGUUCAAGCAUUUCGAUCUGCAUAUUUCUUGGCAGAGUUUAUAAUACUUGCCAUGUCGCUUUUAUCAUCUAUGAUUUUAUUCGCGGAAGCUCCUGGCGCACCAUCUCUUCUACUACUCGUACCAAUGUUUGUUUUGCUCUUUCUCCCUCUUAUUGGAAGAGGCACGCAUUCACCGGCUGAAAAUUGGGAUGAACUAGCUUUGCCAAAUGGAAGAAGUCGAGCAGACACUCCACUGACGCACUCACCUCAAUCCCUCAGAUCCUUACCUGCUGACUACCCGUUGUUUCCCCGUAUUCUAGCAAAAUGUGAGACAUGUGGUGUUUCUCUGAUGGAUAUCGGCGUCGGCUCCUUUGUGUUCUCUCAAGGCGUGGUGUCUGCGAUUCCAACCAUUAAAGACAUAUCCUACCUCCAGGCUCCGAUCCUUCCUAAACUGAAGUCCGUCUCCCGUAAGAUGAUACCCAUCAUUGUGUUAGGUAUUCUUCGUGUCGUGCUCGUGAAAGACACUGAAUAUCCUGAACAUGUGACAGAGUACGGUGUACACCGGAACUUCUUCCUCGCGCUUGCGCUUUUGCCUAUCAUCGAGGUCUUGUUGCAUCCCAUGAUCUUGCAGGGCUUGCUCUCCUUAUUGGAUAUAACUCACUACUCGUGCUAUGUUUCGAUCCACAUACUCGGUCUGUCCUCAGGAACUGCCAUACUUCCUCCCUCCCCUUCGAAUGCAAAGAUCAUCACUGAGUUACUGUUGUAUUCAGUUGUUUGUUGGACGCUUCUGGCUUUCGUAAGGCUUGGAUUUGAAGUUUCGAGAAGGAUGGCAAAUAUCUCAUAUGUCCUUUGGGUUGCAGCUUACAACACCUCUUUCAUCCUUGGCUACAUAUUACUCGACAUGGUCAUACGAGAUCCAACUGAUCCUUCAGGCGAAUGGCUCCUCAUCGAGGAAAAGGGGCCGAAAAGCAGCGCGCCCGCGCUGUUGGAGGCUAUCAAUAGAAAUGGAUUAAUGUUAUUCUUGCUGGCGAUGUGUUCAUUGUGCGCAUACUCUAUGGGCAUGUGCGUAUUUGCAUGGCUUUGUAGAAGGAAACAGUUAUGGAAGAUGUGAGUCGGAGUGCGAUCAAGGUACAGUGGUAUGUG